AAGCACAGAAAAAGCGGAGAGAAAUGGACCUUUCACAAGUUGGCUUUCUGGAAGAGUUACUUGCUCCAAGAAGAGGAGAUUCAUGGAACACAAUGUCCUCUGGCUUCAAUGAUCUAUUCUCUUGUACCUCUUGGACCUUUGACCCUUUUGAUGACAACCCUUCUGCCUUCUCUACCUUCAAUCCGCCAUUUUCUGCUCUACCGGCACCUCUCAUAGACCAGAGACUUGAAUAUUCCUACCUUCUUGAUGGCUUUACAGGGAAUACUGUUGACUCUGCACCACCACUUCAAGCUCAUGAAGAUGAAGACCUCGCCUUUCUGGGUUUUGAGAAUCAGAGUUCUGAAGAAGGAAACGCCAAUAAUAAUGCCAGUAAUUGCUGCAAAAUCGAAGAACGAGCCCUGGAAACUCCGGUGUUCAACAUGGGUGUGUAUUGUGGGGAGAAGAAACCCAAAUCGAAGAAGCUACAAGGGCAGCCUUCAAAGAAUCUCAUGGCAGAAAGAAGAAGAAGAAAGCGCCUCAAUGAUCGCUUGUCCAUGCUGAGAUCUAUCGUCCCCAAGAUCAGCAAGAUGGACAGGACAUCUAUUCUUGGAGACACCAUAGAUUACAUGAAGGAGCUUCUGGAAAAGAUAAGCAAUUUGCAGGAAGAAAUGGAGAGGGAGGGUGAAAACAAUCAGUUAAACUUCAUAGGCAUUUCCAAGGAAGUGAAGCCAAAUGAAGUAACGGUGAGAAAUUCCCCUAAGUUUGAGGUUGAGAGGAAGGACCAAGACACUAGGAUCAAUAUCUGCUGUGCCACAAAGCCUGGGUUACUACUCUCAACUGUGAAUACCUUAGAAGCAUUGGGUCUUGAGAUCGAACAAUGCGUCAUAAGUGGCUUCAAUGAUUUCACAAUGCAAGCAUCUUGCUCGGAGGUGGCUGAGCAAAGAGCUUGUAUUGACUCUGAAGAGAUUAAGGAAGCACUGUUCAGAAAUGCAGGUUAUGGUGGGAGAUGCCUUUAGGGAGAAGUAGCUGUGACAAUUUGCAAGUUGUGUAAAAGAAGCAAUUUUUUUCCUCUUGGUUUGUUUCUUCCAAGCUUUGGAUUCAACGAAUUAGGGAGGUACAAGUUUCAAUAUAAUCUUUCUGCAGAAUAAAGUCGACUUGAUUACUGCAUUCUGGAUCUGGAUUGCCUCAAAGCAACUAAAACGUAUUGCCGAACAUUCUGCUCUGAAACAGGGAUUUUAGCCUGAAGGGGUUGGGUUCACUUUCCUUCACCAUAUAAUAGGUUCAACAAAAUGAAGUCUCUGCAUAAAGUGUUUCCCAUAAAUAUAAAUGGAAUGCUCAACAUUCA